UACAUUUUUAUAGGAUUUAUGGUGCCAUACAAAUGACACUUUCAGAAGUGAGGCAAGUUAGCACGAAAUGUACAGCUCUGGAGCAAAAUCCUGGCUAUAGAGAAUGGCAGGCUCCAGGAAGGCUUUUGGAGCUAGAGCUGUACUUUGGUGUUUGAGGCCUUCUCUUUAAUUUAAACGAGUAGGAAUGAAAGCGUGGCAGCCCUUUUGUUGUGCACAACUGCUGGCUGCGGCUGCUGGCCAGCCUUGGCUCCAGGGGCUCCCCCGAGACCCCAGCACCCGCGUUGUUGGUGUGUGUGUUUCCUUUCCCUGGGGUGGAGGCAGGCCCUGUGCAGGGCUGGUGUUGGUCCCAGCUCUCAUGCUGGUGAUCAGGACCCAGAGGGUGUGAGCAGCUCUUUGCUUCCCCUGCUCACCGGAUUCACCUCUGGUCUGAAAGAUCUGUAGCCCUACCUGCAUAGCCAUGAGCUUAAACUAAUGAAGCUGUGCUGGUCAGGGAAAACUGUGCCAAAUGAAGCUGGUUCCAAUGGGAAUGCUGUUUCCAUACAUCUGUAGAGCUAAAAUUUUAAGGAAAGUGUAAGGGAAUGUUAAAGGACAAAGUUGAGAAUGGUCUUGAAUGUGAACACUGUGAUUUCAGUCUCGAUUACCAUGAGCAGCAUUUGUCCAGUCUUUGAGAUGGGCUGUGCAUCUUUAGAUUUAGGUUUCUAACUAUGUUAUUUGAUUUGAAGGUCCUACAUCCCCUUCUGGCCUUGAUGCGCUUGCCAUGUGAAUUAUACUCAUUUCUGUGGAAGGAACAAAACACCUGUGAAGUACAGUUGGGGUUGGGCUUCAACAUUGUUGGAGGGACAGAUCAGCAGUACAUUGCCAAUGACAACAGCAUCUAUGUCAGCUGGAUCAAAAAGGAUGGGGCAGCUUACCUUGAUGGCCGAUUACAGGAAGGAGAUAAAAUUUUAGCGAUCAACGGCAAAGACUUGAAGGAUUUGCGGCACAAGGAUGCUGUGGAGCUGUUCAGGAAUGCAGGCUAUUAUGUGUCUCUCAAAAUUCAGCGCAGGUUGCAGCCACAGAAUGGCCCUGUGGGUCAUGGAGGAGAUGGAGAAUCAGGUGGGCUUCCUCUGGCAGCCAUUCUUGUGCCAGGCCUGGCGCUUGCUGCCGCAGCAGUCUGGAUCUUGCUGAGGUAUCGACAGCGGAUGUGAAGAGUUCACGGCUGGGAAAUCACUGCGUGUUUUACACAGCUAUGAUGCAAUUUAAAGAUAGAGAAUCAACAAUCUUGUCACAGACUGAUGCCAAAAAGGAUCAUUGCCUAUCAUCAAAGUUGCUGCUGAUGUUCGUAUAUAUUGAUUUUGUUGCAGGGUAAAUAGAAGCAGAGAGAAAAAAGGGAAGGGAGAGGACUGUGUUUAUGUAAAGAGUGGGAUAGCUGUAUUUUUUGACAAAUCUGAGGAGGAUUUGCCAUCCUCCUCUAUUUUGCACCGUGAACUUUCAAGCACACUCAUCUAUUCCACAUUUUAAGGUUUAACUUUUGGUUAAAGGGAGUGGGAGGUGGGGUGGUUUUAAAUCAAAAACAUUUUCUAGAGGCUUUGCCUUGUUUCCACAGAAUUUUUUCUUGAAUCUAAUGAAUUCUGUCCAAACCACGAAUAAAGAGAAGCAAUGCAAAGGGUAUAUAUUAUUUUUCCCAUUGAAGUUUUGUUGGUUGUUGCUAAAUAAAUGCCUUAAAUGUGUAAAAUCUGAUCUGUGUUUUCACAGGUAAAAUCUUCAGUGUAGCUGCUGAUUUAACAGCAAUAUGCAGUAUUGGUGAGACAUUUUGCCAGUUGUGGAAAGAUAGAAGAUAGCUUGCUGCUAGAAGAAGAUUUUGAUUGUCAAAAUGAUCGCUCAUUUUUGGGUCAGAGUUGUAAGAGAAAGCUUUCCACAAAAUGCUGGCAUACUGGAGAGAGACAGACAACUGAAUCGCAAGGAUAAGUGCUGGCAAGAGAUUCAGGCAUGCUGAAGCUGCAGAAGAGUUUUAAAUUAGUAGUGAAGCAAUAGUUCCUGCAUUCAUCAAGUAGGUUGAAGUCUUCAUCUCUCAGGUUAGAGGUCUGGUUUGGGGGUUAUUUUUUGCACAGGGAAUACUUCAGAUAAAGUUUUCUAUAGCAGCUAACUUGCUCUCUGCAGUCCGGAGAAUCUUAUGAUGAUUGAAAGGGAGAAGCUGAGAGCAGGCUGGGAUUGUCCUGGCUUUUGCUUGUUUGUGAAGAGAAAUGUAAUGUUCAGGAGAUGGGCAGUCAGCUUUAAGCCAGAGUAAAGCCUAGCAGGUAAAACCAGGGGGAAGAGACCCUCCUCUGGAAAGUAUAUGGCUGAAUUUACCUCCAGGGUCUCAUCUCCUCACUGUGAUUUGAGUAGUUUUAAAUGCCCCAGCUGAUAGGAGUUCUGUGGGUAAGACCUGUUUCUCUUGUCUCCAAGAAAUCAAUGUGUUUUGUUGUUUUUGUAAAAGAAAAGCAAAAUGCAUGGUCUGAUCUGUAUGAUGCCAAAGAAGAAAUCACAUAUGCAAUAUAUGUUUUCAAAGAAAAA